AUGCAACAAAACCACCAACCCCAACCCUGUGACCCAUCCCUCCAGGGGCAGUACUUUUACAGUUUUUUUUUUAUAUGGCAUUCUCCUUUUUCAUAUUAUCUUCUCUUUUCUUUCUAUUCAUUUUCUUUGCUUAUUUUUUCUCUUCAUCUAUUUUUCUUCUCUCUUUUCCUUACUUCCUAUUUUACUUACUUACUCUAUCUUUUCACUUUCUUUUUUAUCUUCUCAGCUCUCUUCUCCAGUAUUCUGAAGAUUUACUUUAUAGUCUCUUUAAAGUUUACCUUCUUGUUUUUGAUCAAAUUACCUUCUCUCUUUAUUGCUCACUUUCUUAUUUUUCUUUUAUUUUCUUCAUUUUACCUUUUUUCUUUCCACCAUAUUUUUCACUUUCUCUUUCUUCAUUCCUUAUCUUCUCAUCUCUCUUUUCACCAUUACUACAUUAUUCUCAAAACAAUUUACAUUCUCUUUAAACCUUUCCUUUUUGUUUUGCACUUCUUUUUUUCUUCUUCUCAUUCAUUUUUCUGUCUUCCUUUAUCUCUUCUUUUUACUCUCUUCAUUUUUAUUACCAAUACUGUUUCUCAUCUUUUCCAUUUCUUCUCUUUUUUUCCUCUUCCUUUUAUUGCUACCAAGUUUUCUAUUACCUAUUUUUCUGUUGAUGAGACAUGA